CUCGCGUCGCGGCCUCCAGUCUCAGCACCGUCCGACGCCCGCGCACACGUACCCGCGCAGCCGCACUCGCGAGUGUCCAGUGACAAGCUGCCUUUCUCUCACGCAGUGCUAUCGUGUUCGACGUGAAUGCUAAACCGGACUUUGAAAACACAAACAUCACUCGGAAUUUUUGACAAGCCGCCCGUCAGCAGCCGGGAGAGGCGCUUCGAUCCGGUUCAUCACACGCCACCAAGCGACCACGUAGGCUGCAAGCGAUAACCCGGUAUGACGGCCACACACGGAGGGGGACGUGAAGAUGACCGCCCCGACAAGGACUCGGUGUACACGCUCAAGACCGGCUUCAAGAACGACGGCUACCAGCACGACAAGGACAACGACGACAUCGUCAAACCCCCACCACUACCCAUAGAAGAUGAAAACUACCCAUCAGGAAAAGUUAAACUAUCAAGAAACGAGAAAUGGAGAAUACUGAAGAACGUAGCGGCAGUGAGCGCCGCCUUCAUGGUGCAAUUCACCGCUUUCCAAGGGACGGCUAAUCUACAGUCGUCUAUCAACGCCAAGGACGGGCUGGGCACGGUAUCGCUAAGUUCCAUUUAUGCGGCGCUCGUCGUAUCCUGUAUAUUUGUUCCCACCUUCCUAAUCAAGAGGCUAACUGUGAAAUGGACCCUGUGUUUGUCCAUGAUGUGCUACGCGCCGUACAUCGCGGCGCAAUUCUACCCGGCUUUCUACACGCUGGUGCCGGCCGGAGUAGUGGUGGGGAUGGGAGCGGCACCCAUGUGGACGUCGAAGGCCACGUACCUGACGCAGGCUGGUAGCGUCUACGCGAAGCUGACGGAUCAAGCUGUCGAUGGCAUCAUCGUGCGAUUCUUCGGCUUCUUCUUCCUCGCUUGGCAAACGGCUGAGCUUUGGGGAAAUUUGAUCUCAAGUUUGGUGUUCUCAUCGGGCGUGCACAGCUCUAACGGCACCACUGAAAACAACACCAAGACCCUGCUGACUUGCGGAGCCAACUUCUGCAUGAUCGGCGGCGGCCAGCACGAGAACCAGAACCUGCAUCGGCCGCCCGACAGCGAGAUCUACGAGAUCAGCGCCAUCUACCUGGCAUGCGUCGUGGUCGCCGUGCUCAUGGUCGCGCUUCUGGUGGACCCACUAUCCAGAUACGGUGAAAAACAGAGGAAGGCUGACCCGGCUAAGGAGCUGUCCGGUAUCCAGCUGCUGUCGGCCACGGCCUACCAGUUGAAGAAGCCUAACCAACAGCUGCUCAUCCCCAUCACGUUGUGGAUCGGCAUGGAGCAGGCGUUUAUCGGAGCAGACUAUACUCAGGCCUAUGUGUCCUGCGCACUCGGCAUCCGUUCCAUCGGCUACGUGAUGAUCUGCUUCGGGGUCGUCAACGCCAUCUGCUCUCUCGUCUUCGGCUCGGCCAUGAAGUACAUCGGCAGAUUCCCGAUCCUCGUUAUGGGCGCCGCGCUGCACUUGGGGCUGAUCGUGUGGCUGCUCAUCUGGCGGCCCAACCCCGAGACUCCCAGCACCUUCUUCGUGAUCUCGGGCCUAUGGGGCGUGGGCGACGCCGUGUGGCAGACGCAGGUUAACGGACUGUACGGCGUCCUCUUCCGGCGCAACAAGGAGGCCGCCUUCUCCAACUUUCGGCUGUGGGAGAGCGCCGGGUUCGUGGUCGCGUACGCCUACUCCACGCACCUCUGCGCGCGCAUGAAGCUCUACGUCAUGAUGGUGGUGCUUCUUAUCGGCUUCUGCGGGUACAUCAUUGUCGAGAUCCUGCACAAGAGAAAGGCCCGUCGUCUGAAGGCGAUCGCCGAGGACCCAGCCGUGGCCGCCGAGGCUGCCAAGCAGCCUCCCGAGGAGGACGACGAAAAGGACGAGAUCGACGACGAGAUCGUCAUCACGCACCUGUGAGCACCCAAAAACACCCACAUUUGCCCUGGGAAAUUGAUGUGUCCACAAAUCGAAUACGAAGCGCAACAACGGACGACUUUUUUUGAAAUCAUCAGCGAUAGAACGUGAACGUGAAACUGUCCAACAGUUGUAACAGUUUAUCCAUGAUAUUUUAAUGGACAAGUUUACUUCCCGGGGCAAAAAUGGACAGUUUCGCGGUGCUAAUCGACACGGACCAAAAGGACUCCACACAAAUCUUUACAAAUAUUAUGUUUAACCAUAAGAAGGUACAAUUGACUAUCUGGGACAAGGAUACUCAACGUGACGCACUCAAACAUUGUGUAUAAUUGCGUUCAUUUGACAACUAAUUUUGGACCCCUACUUCGUAUUUGUUUUAUAGAACAGUGAAAUUAAUUAGGUACUAAAAUUGGUUAUAUAGAACCCUCAGAAAGUAGUCCUACUUAAUUAUAAAUUGUAAAACUGCGAGUGCCAUGCCCGGCAAGACGCUUGCCCCUAAAUAUUUACCAUUUCGUUAAGCAAGUGAGUGUCGAAAUGGAAAUUAAUGUGAUUUUUCAAUACUUUUAACAGAAUUUGGGAAUUUUAUUUGCCCAGUCCGAUUAUUUGGUCCGUCAAUUAAAGACGAGCUGUAUUUAAACUCGAAUUUAUUUAGAAUUAUUUAUAUUUCCAAUAGAUGAAUGUUGAUGAGUAUUAAAAAGUACAAAUUUUCUUCAUUUCGGAUUCGACCGAAUCGGGAAAAAUCACAUGUGCCAGCGCAAGCAUUUAAAACUACCACAUGGGUUAUCUCUACAUAUUGUGGCAACCUUUUACACGAGUUAAAAGACCGGUGAGCCUUUCCUAAGGCUGGUCUUGUAAUACCUAUGUUGUUAAAAUUACUCAGAAGUUAUUAUAGAAAGACUCGAACCAUUGAUUUAUUAGAAAAAUAUAAAAAUUCUGUUGUCGACUAUGCAGUGCAGAUUAUAAUUGAGAGCAGCUGUUCAGUGGUUCGGCACAAUGAAUUACUGAUUACGAGCGUGCAUAACCAACUGUGUUGACAGUUCGUGCGUAAUUGCGCGCUUUAUUCUUCUGUUCCAAUGACUGUGGUCUUUAAUCGACUCUUGUGCGUGUUUUGUAAGUAAUCAAACAAUAACAUGUGGGUGCGAGCUCGAAACACUUCCACCUGCAAGAAGUGACGAGCCUUGUUCUCAUCUAUUGUUGAGUAUUAUUUUGUAUUUUACUUGGAUCAUGAAGUGGCUUCACUCGUAUUAUUUUAAAUAUGAAUUAUUCGACUUUCUAUUGUAUUAUUUUAUUAAAAUCAUUGAUAACGUUAUUUCUAAAUACGAAUAAUGCAAUACGAUAAAGACUGCUCAAUUCGUUUAAAGAGUGAUUUUAUAUUGCAUUAUUGUUUUAACAAUGACUGUAAUAUGUAUUUCCAGCUAAGGACUUAGAAGCGAACGCAUUGAUUCCAAUAUUAUACAAUCCAUAGCUCCAUUCAUACAAUGUUAGGUAAUGUAGGUAAGAUUGUUGAUAUUAUUUUUAAUUAUUUUUGAUAAUAUCGUGAGACAGGUUUUCGUGUACAGAAAUAUGUCAAUCGUAAACGACUCGGGCAGCGGUGUAGAGCGGCCCAGGUCCUAUUGUAGGUACUUAGAUCAAAUAAAUUAAUUGUGUAACCCUUACAAGCUUAUAAAUACUUAGGUAGUUACUUAAGUUUGUGCGUAUGUUUUGUGAGCAACUCACAGCGCUCUGUAGAACUAUCCAUAUGUUUUUUGACCGAAGCAAAGAGCCUGUGGAAUGGAACCGUAGGUUUCAAUGUUGCUGAACUUUAAUUUACAUCCCAAGUGCCGGAGGGGCCAAUAAAGAAAACAUAUCAAAACAAAAAUGGUCACAAUUUGAAAUGAAAAUAAAAAAUAAUUUGUUUAAACAAUGCAAUGAGCAGUACUUGUUUGGGCCUGUGAUAGACGCUGAAAUGUAUUGUGACCACUUACAAUUUAAACGUGAACUGUCGAAAUUGAUCGGAGUUUGUAACAUUUAUAUAAAUUCUCUUCUUGGCCUACACAGCUUUAUAUAAUUUAAUUUAUAAUAAAAUUAUAUAGUACGACGAGGUGUGUACCGAUUGCUAGGGUAACAAAACCACGUGAUAAUUACAGUAAAAUGUAUAAAUAUAAGCAUAUUAUUAUUUUAAUGUAAAUUUAAAUUAGUGGUAGUAUAUAAUAUAAAUAAAAUUGCUCUAUUUUUGAGAUAACCAUUAUUAUUUGUUUGAUUAAAUAUUAUGUUAUAUUAUUAACGAUGUGAAUGAGUUUGUGAUGAAAAUAAACAUAGAAAUUGUUUGGUC